AUGUUGACAGCGGAAAACUACUUCAUCUCAUUGUCAGUUGUGGCAACGCUGCUGCUUUGGGGGGUCAGUUUGUGGAACGGCACCGUCUUGGAGCUGAUCCUGACAGUCUGGCGCGGACACUUUGAGGAUGGGACACCAUUCUUUGCUAGCUAUACGGGAUUCUUCCCUCUGGACUUUCCUAUCGGCCUGUUGGUUGCGUUCUUUUUUUAUGGAACCAAUGGCUCUCACCCCGGAUACCAAGUCUUCCUCAUCGAUGCCUAUUCAACAUUGCAGUCGGCCUUUGUGUGGUUAUAUAUUGAAAGUUACCGACCAUCUUCAAAGCCUUCUACUAUCUCGCGCCCCAUUCUUUGGGGCCUGCUGUGGCAGGCAGCUGGAGCUGCAAUCUCCCUACCUCUAUUCUAUUAUCAUCACCUAAAGUGGAUUUCCAAUGUUGGGGCUCAUAAAGUUGGGGCUCCGGAUUCCACUUCGGCCGAUGUCUUGUCAUUAAGCUUCCUCUUGGGAGCCGUCGCCCCGGCAGUCAUCGGAAUGCUCCCUACUUGGGGUCCUCGGGAGGAUAUUCGUCAUCAAAAGAUAUUGGCCGCUUGGCAGCCAGAUCCUGUAUGGGUCUCGAUCUUCCAAGUCAUCUUCAUCGCAAUUUUGAGCCAGGCAAGGCGUGGAAAUAUAGACGCACACCUUAACCGCCGUCGCGGCGUGUACUUCGUAUACGGUCUUGCUGCUCUUUCAUCCGCUAUUGGUCAUCUAUACGCAUCCAUCGUGAUUUAUCGGUCUUCCGAUUUGGAAUUGACCUGGAGCCGCAUUUACAUCCCGAAUUUAUUCCACGGACCUCCCGACGCUACUACGCUGCUGGCAAAGGGUCCUUGGCUAUUUCUGCAGUAUGAUUUGAUUAUCAUUGCCCUGUCUAGCUUGUCGUGGGCAUAUGUGGUUGCAUGUCGCUCAUCGGACAGACAAUCUUCUGUCAGAUUAUUCUUACCCUUCCUUCUUUUCAUCGGCCAAGUCGUUCUUGGGGCAGGUGCAACUGUAUCACUGGUACUGCUUUGGCGAGAAACUGUGAUGGCGCGCAAGGAGGAUUCCAUGAAGAGCGGUUCCUUGCGUACCAGGAAAACCAAAUAA